AUGUACAAGUUCUGCCAGGCUGUGAUCGAGGUGUUUGGACCGGAGUACUUGAGGCAGCCAACUGCCGCUGAUACAGAGAGAUUGUUGGCGACCAACGCAGCUAGAGGCUUUCCAGGCAUGCUUGGCAGCAUAGAUUGUUCUCACAAUGAUAUCAACGUGCUGCAGCAUUCUCCAGUCUUCGCAAGGCUUGCAGAAGGCCACUCCCCACCUGUCAACUUUGAGAUCAAUGGCCACCAGUACAACAAGGGAUACUAUCUAGCUGAUGGUAUAUAUCCGCAGUGGUCAACUUUUGUGAAGACAAUCUCGAAACCCCAAGGUGAGAAGAGAAAGAGAUUUGCCCAAAUGCAAGAGAGUGCUAGAAAGGGUAUGAAACGUGCUUUUGGUGUGCUUCAAUCCCGGUGGGGUAUCGUUCGAAACCCUGCAUUGUCAUGGGAUGAAACAAAGUUUUGGGAGGUGAUGACUGCUUGUGUGAUCAUGCACAACAUGAUCGUCGAGGACGAGUGUGAUGAGAGUAUUUUCGACCAAGGAUUUGAUUAUCAAGGUGAAAUGUUAAGCCCCUACACCAAGAACCAGAUACAUUUAAACAGUUUGUCCAAUUCCACUGCAUGA